GCUCCCCCAGCUUUCCCCAUCAGCUUUCUUCGUCUGUCGUCGAUAUACAAAAUCCCACUCUCUGUUUCACGUUCAGUAUUCAAUUUCCAGAACCGUAAUCGAAAAUUUCCCCAAUUUUUAGGGUUCAUUGACAUUCAUUGUCAGAGAACAUAGUACCAUCGAAGUUGUUGGGACAUUGCAAAGGGAGCAUUGAAACUUGAAAGGGAAGCAGGGAAAUCUGUUUAUCCCUAGAUUUCUUAUUGGUUGGAGCUACGGUGUUUACUUACGGGUGCUGUCGUGUUGUGUUCUGAAUAUCUGAUUGGAGUUGCCAAAGGACUUUUGUAUGAGAAAAUCGAGAUAUAAACUAUGUACGGAAGAGCAGGUCUCGAUCGUUUCAAGAAAGCGCAGUCUUUGGAACCGUUCUCGGUCUCUGCAAACUCUACCACGAAACCAGGUCCACAAACCGCUUUUAGGGAAGCAGUUACACUUAAUCAGUCUCAAGGAUCUUACACACAGAACCAUCAAAAUGCGGUGAAAAAGACUGUAACCACAGAUGUGGCCCCAACUCAGCAUGUGACUCCGGUUGGAGGGGGACAGUCGACUUGGCAGCCUCCUGAUUGGGCGAUUGAGCCGCGGCCUGGUGUUUACUAUCUCGAUGUUGUAAAGGAUGGGGAGGUUCUUGAUCAGGUUAACCUGGAUAAGAAGAGGCAUAUAUUUGGUAGGCAGUUUCAUGCUUGUGAUUUUGUGCUCGAUCAUCAGUCUGUUUCGCGUCAGCAUGCAGCAGUUGUUCCACACAAAGAUGGCAGCGUGUAUGUGAUUGAUUUAGGCUCAGCACAUGGUACAUUUGUUGCAAACGAGCGGCUGAGCAAAGAUUCCCCUGUUGAGCUAGAAGUCGGACAGUCUCUGAAAUUUGCUGCGUCGACCCGAAUGUACGUUCUGAGGAAGAACAACGCAGCUCUUUUCCCUCCACCCCUAGAACCCACAGAGAUUGAAUUGCCACCUCCCCCAGAUCCAUCAGAUGAAGAAGCAGUUUUGGCGUAUAACACAUACGUUAAUCGUGCCUUGAAUGGGUUGUUAAUACCAAACUUAGUAUCUAAAUCGACAGGGUCGAGUAGUAGAUCUUCGGUUAUAAGUGACGACAGUCGGUUAACUGAGAGAGCAUCUAAGAGAAUGAGAAGAACUAGAGUGGCGUUUAAAGAUCAGGUUGGGGGAGAAUUAGUUGAAGUUGUAGGAUUUUCCGAUGGAGCUGACGUGGAGACGGAACCUGGUCCGACAGGUGUCAAAGAAGGAAGCCUUGUCGGGAAAUACGAAUCUCUCGUAAAGAUUACAGUAAUACCGAAAGGGAAGGAACACACCCCUAUAAAGCAAACUUUUUCCACAGCAGGUGUGACGGAGAAACUUCAACAAGUCUUGAACAAGGUCAAGGCUCCUGCAAAUAGUGGUGGAAUAUACGACGAUCUGUAUGGAGAUUCAUUUUCUGUUAAAGUAGGUUCGUCUUGGGCGCAUAUAUCUGCUGAAUCUGGCGGUAAAGAAGCUUCUCCAAGUAAAAGCGGAGGAAAUACACACGGCGUUGAAAGUGAAAAGUCUCGAAGUUAUAGGACGAGCAAUGACGAUGACAAUGAUGAUGAUCUAUUUGGCUAGGCGGAAUGAUUUUGAAGUUAUAACGACUCUCCUCAAGAAACGGGAUAUUUUUAUCCAUAGCAGGUAUAAGUUCUUUUGUUGUACUUUAUUAUCUCUUCUUUUACAUGUCAUGCAAUGAAGGUGUUAACGGUUUGUUUUAGUUGUAACUCAUUCUUGUAUUUUUAAUGUAUUUCCUCUGUUUGUGA